AUGACCGAGCUCCGAGGAGAACCUGCUCACUCAAACCUGUGGUCGAAUUAUGGCAACUCCUCACACUUACCCAACCGCCUUGGAAGCAUAGACUCUUCUAUUCACAGCCACUCGCAACCACAUAUCUCGGCCCGGCCUCGAGGCGAGCUGGACCAGCCCUACUCGUCGUACAGUCGAUAUUCUCAGGAUGAGUCUGCCUCUUACGACCGCCAAAAUUCCUACCCCAGUCUCAAGCGGUCCUUCUCCCAAACCGAACCACCGGCCUACCAGGAAAUAGUUCAUGAUAUGAGGGACGACGGCUCGCGACUCACGGUGAAUCAGGAUCACAAGCUGCUCUCUUUCCGCCGCUCGCAAGACAAGUCUACCAUUGUUGAUCAGCAGGGCCGUGUGCAGCAGCUGGAAUUGUCCGCUCAGCUCCACGGAAUGUUCUUCUUGUCAGAGAUGCCCGCGAGCUGCAGCGACGGUUCGGUGCUGCAGCCCGAGCUGACGUGCUACCGUCGAAACUUGUUCCAAAUCAGUGGCUCGCUGGUCAUGCCUCGAGGACAGCUCUCCGUGGUUACCGAACCCAACGAAACUCUCCCCGUCAGCAACAUGGAAGUAGCUGUGUCGGCCAUCGAGUCUGUAGAUGGCAAUCCCGUGCGUCUCAUCGUCAUUCCCUGGAAGACCCCGCCACCAAACUCGACCGAAAUCUGCCAAGGUCCGGAUCAGGAGCCGUCUCCGUUGCCGCUGAUUCCCUUCCAGGAAGACGGAAACGAAACGGAUGGAGACUUUGCUGUUUACCCCAUCGGUUGGCGCCGGCUUCAGUUCAGGAUUGCCACUGCCAACAAUGGCCGUCGAAAGGAGCUGCAACAACACUUCGUAUUGCACCUCAAGAUUAAUGGUACACUCUCCGACAACUCCAAGGUUGUCUUGUCAGAGUCGAUAACCGCUCCCAUUGUCGUUCGUGGUCGCAGCCCACGGAACUUCCAAGCCCGCAAAGAAAUCCCUCUGCUUGGCUCGAGCGCCGGAUCGCGAGGUCAAGCACUGGUUGAGACUGGAUUGGGUGUUGUCGCUAGCGCCAUCAACCUCAAACAAGACGGCAAGCCCAGGAGUAUGGAUGUGCAAGUCCCCAGAUCAGCAUUUACGUUCAGUCCCCCGAAACCUCAACCCGAGCAUUAA